AUGUCUGGACAAGAUCGUCUUGAGAACGUGAACCCCACGAUACAUUCACGGUUAAAUUCACGCAGUGUUACUGAAGAUGAGGAAAACGAUGACGUAGUGGAUGCAAUAGACUCAAGAGAAGUAUUGAUAUCCUUUCUGGUGGUUGGAGGAAGGUCUUGGGGGACGAGUUCAGAAGUAGAAAAAGACGAGUACACAAAGGAAAAAUCAAUCAUGAAUGAUCUAGACGAAAAAGGAUGGGGCCACAUCCACCAUGCAGCAUCAAGGGGGUUCAUCAAAUCCAUUACUCGCUUUGUUAUGGCCAGUGAGGACCAGCUUGAGUUUCCCACUGCAGAUGACCGACACAUGACCCCACUUCUCUUAGGGGUGGAAAGUGGAAACUUGGAGACCGUUGAAUAUGAGGAGGCAGAGGCAGGUGGGAUGAUGCUGGCCAAUCUGACGACAAGAACGGAGGAUAAAGUCAGUCCAUACUGGGAAGAUAUCUAUAAUAAUGAAGGCGUCACUGCACUCGUCAAAGUUACGAAAGGUCAAAUCUCGGAUAAAGCAAAGAUAUAUGCAUUUCAAGCUCUUCUUAACAUCAUUGAGCCUAAAGAUGUCAAAGAUAAAGCUGUCCAAGCCGGAGCAAUCCCGGCAAUUUUGAAACAGUUCAAGUCUUCAGAUAAGAAGCUGGUGCUCGUCGCUGCUAAAUUAUUGUGCCAGAUUGCUAAAGUUAGUGACUAUGUCGAUUUGAUUGUGAAUCAUUCGGCUAUCCCAGCACUAGUAAAACUAUCCCAGACAAUGAAUGACACUGAAAUUCUGGUACAGGUGGUCACCACUCUAGGGCUGAUUGCUAAAGGAAAUCCGGAACACAGAGCUAAGAUUGGUGGCACGAGUGGAUGCUUCUCGGCACUCUCAGCACUGUACGAUGAAUGUAAAUCUAAGAGUCUAUUGAUCGCGCUUACCACAGCUAUUGCUCAAAUUGUGAAAGACAACAGGGAAAAUCAGAGUGCAUUCAUCAAUGAAGGGGGUGCCUCACAUGUGAUCAUGCUUGCCAGCCAAAAAAUUAGAGAGCUUCAGUUGUGUGCCAUCGAGGCUAUUCACAUGCUGGCCCUUGACAACCAGCACACGCAGAAAGCUAUCUUAGAGGAAGGUGGCAUCAUGCCUUUGAUGCAGCUACUGAAACGUAGUCGAGCUCCAAACGUACAGGUCUGCACCGCCCAGGCUCUGUGGGCACUUGCCGGCGAAAAUAUGGAAGAGCGGAGAACAAUGGGUAGCGCAAUUGGAGUUAAUCUCUUAAUUGAAUUUCUAAGUGCGCUUCCAGAACAUGAUGUGUUGCAUUACAUCGGUGCUGAGGGACUAGGAGUUUUAGCACAAGGUCCACUGAAUAAACAAGACCUGAUCUCGCAAUCAAAUGGAGUACAACCACUGGUGCGUCUAUUGCGAUCAACCAAAGAACAUAUCGUGCUGAGUGCUAUUCGGGCACUUCGAUACCUGUGUGUUGGUAUUGGGUUUGUUCCACAUGAAGUUAACCAGAAUACAUUGGCUUCUUCCAGAGGAAUUCGAUAUUUAGUGCCAUUGAUGAUAUACUCUAAGAAUGAACUCAUACAAGUAGAGUCGGCAUUGACUUUAGGAUGCGCUGCGUUAGGAAAUGUUGAUGUGAUGUCUCAAAUAAAUGAUAAUUCGGAGUUCAACUACGUUCACAUAUUACGUCUGCUGUACUCACAUGACGACCUUGUGCGACUGUUAGCCGGGUCUGCUCUGUCAGCAUUCGGUUACAAUAGUUUACAACAACAGAAAGAGAUAGCAGAGUCUGGAGGGGUUAGAUAUCACUGUUUUGUUCCAUUCCUGGAAUCAGAGGAUGAGUUCUUCCGUUGCAAUUCAGCUUUUCAGGUUGUGGUCUUAGCACGUAUUAUUCCUGAUGAAGACCAAGCAUCGUCCUCAGCCAUUGGUAUAAAGCUACUGGUGGACCUAUUGGAAGAAUCUAAUAGUCAAGAAAUCCAUGGGUUAGCGGCAGAUUGUAUCGCAAGAUUGGCUCACACUAGGGCAGGCGUUCCGGCAGCUAUCGUCUCCGUUAACGCUGUGUAUCUACUAUGUAAGCUGAUGUUGUCGGAGUCGGAGCAGGUUCGGGGGUCGGCAGCCAUUGCAUUGGGGUAUCUUAGCUACAAUCACAAAGCGGAACGGCAGCUAUUGAACAGGUGUAGAAAGGAACCCGUUUUAAUGAAGGUACUGAAAUAUCACACACGCAAAUCUAAGCUCUCUCCGCAAUUCACCGAAGACUGGAAACAUUUUAUGAAAAUUGGUCUUCCACCAAUAGAUGAUAAACCAAGCUUAGUCUGUAAAAAACCGGAUUAUUUACAGAUGAAACCCCAGAAUGAGCAACAUCGGUACACGAUACUGAGUUUUGGGGAGAGUGUAACGAGUCACCAGCAAAGCUCUCCAACCAACCAGCUGAGUAUAACCUACAAUGAAGAACUCAUCCCUGAUGCACCAAUCACUGUUGAUGCACCAGUCAUGAACGAUCUCACCAAUCCAUCACCGAAAUUAUCCAGUGGAAGUCAGCAUACACCGCAUACAGCAUCAUCUGUGCACUCCAAUAGAUCUAUACAAAGCGAGGUAGCAUAA